UGAUGGCAAAGGAUCGGGGUGUGGCACCAGAUGCUAUCAAAACACAAAUUCUAAUUUAUCCAUGGAUCUCGCCUUCUCCGGAUGCUUUCAACUCAUACCGCGAAUUUGACAAUGGUUAUCCACUCCACGUUGAUGAUAUUGUUUAUUAUGACAAGAUCUAUUUUGCCCAAAAUCAGAAAACAAAGUUCUCGCACCCUUUGGUAGCAACUGUAGAAGAGCUGCAAGGUCUUCCUCCAACCCUCAUGAUUACUGCGGAGGCUGAUAUCUUGCGAGAUGAAGGUGAGGCAUAUGCACGCAAACUCAUGGAAGCUGAUGUUAAGAUAGCAUCAGUGCGACUCGGUGGUGCUGGUAAGUCGUUUUUGAUCGCUCUGGGCCCUAUUUUUUCUUAUAUAGUUUUUAUAUAGAGAACGAAUCUUUUCCCAAAAUGCAUGCUAACUAAAAUAUCAUUUUUUCGUCUAUCAUUAGUGCACACAUUCUUCAGUUCGGC